AUCGAAAACACGUAAAAUCGUUAAUCAAGUUAAAAAUAAAUGAAAAAAACAAUUGAAAAAUUUUUGGAAUAAAAAUGAAAAAAGGGUGUAUUAUGUCAUUUUUGAAUGUUUUAAGUCGUUGGUAAUUUCAAGGGUUACGUCAUUGGUAUCAAUUUAGCAGGAUUGCGCGUCCGGAAUGGCACGAAGAUCCUCAAGCAAAGCCGGCAUUAUCAAAGAAGAGAGCAACCUUCUUAUUCUUCGGUCCUUGUUUACAAACUAACCUGUAUGGACGUUAAGCUAUUAGUAGAAAGGUGGAAAUACCGACUGUUCAAUAUUAACUAGUAUCAUAUGAAAUCAUUUUCGAUUCUACAUUUCUAACCACAGAAAUAUCGUUUCCCUACUUCGUUAUUUUCACUGUCCAUUCUCCUAAGCUAGAUGAAGAGAUGAACGAAAUAAUGGCUGGAACUGAUCCAACGGAAAAUUUAAAAAAGAAACCGAGGAAAAGCAUACUCAAGUCUUCGUCGAGUUUCGAAGUCCCGGAAGCGCCGACGGGAUCAAAGAGGAAGAACACCCAGCACCAGCAUAAAGAAACCAAAUGGGACGAAGAAAAUAUAAAAGAGACCCUACAUCCUCCUAACAAAGAUUACGGCCAUAUGAAAAUCGAAGAGCCUAAAACACCUUAUGAAAAACUUGUCAAAGAUGAAGUAGACUCUCUUGGAGUAGAUCCAGUCCUUCUAGCAGAGAAAUUGCAGAAAAAUUUAAAGAAAAAAUCAAGGAGUGGUAGCGCAAAAUCUACAGGGAGUACCGGUAGCAGUGGAGGUUCUAAGCCCAGAGGCAACCUUUCUGAUAGUUCGGACGAUGAAGCAGCGAAGAAAAAACAAUUUGAGAGCAAGAGGAAAGCACAUUACAACGAAUUCCUUGCUGCAAAAGAAGCGUUGAAAAACUUGAAAGACGACGAUGAAGAAGAUGAAUAAUGUAUAGGAUGUAUAGGGUGCUUUUCUAUUCUUUUAAGUUUUAUUUAUUAUUCUGGAAACGUUCUGUAUUUGGAUUUGUGAAAUAAUGUAAGAAUAAAAUAGGGAAAGAUUAUACUGACAACAUAAACAAAAGAGAA